GUAUCAUUGUCUUAAAUGGUAAGUAAAGAUUGGAGAUUUAAUGUGAUGAGUACUAGUUUUGUUUUCUACAUUUGUCAGAUUUUGGAAAUGAACCCAGAGGAUGAGGCUGAAGAAGAUGGUGCAAAUAUUGAUCUUGACUCUCAAAGGAAGGGUAAAUGUGUAGUACUAAAAACAUCCACACGCCAGACAAUUUUCCUGCCUGUAGUAGGUCUUGUUGAUCCUGACGAUUUGAAGCCUGGUGAUCUGGUUGGAGUAAACAAAGACAGUUACUUGAUAUUGGAUACUUUGCCAUCUGAGUAUGAUUCUCGUGUCAAGGCUAUGGAGGUUGAUGAAAAACCAACAGAAGACUAUAAUGAUAUUGGCGGCCUGGAGAAACAGAUUCAAGAACUAGUUGAGGCAAUUGUGUUGCCUAUGACACACAAAGAAAGAUUUCAGAAGUUAGGAGUUCGUCCGCCCAAGGGAGUACUCUUAUAUGGGCCUCCUGGAACAGGGAAAACUCUAAUGGCCCGUGCUUGUGCUGCUCAAACAAAUGCUACUUUUCUUAAGCUAGCAGGUCCCCAACUUGUACAGAUGUUUAUUGGAGAUGGUGCAAAACUGGUUCGUGAUGCUUUUCAACUUGCAAAAGAAAAAUCUCCUUGCAUCAUCUUUAUUGAUGAGAUUGAUGCUAUUGGUACAAAGCGUUUUGACAGUGAAGUUAGUGGGGACCGAGAGGUGCAACGGACCAUGUUAGAGUUGCUCAAUCAGCUUGAUGGUUUUAGCAGUGAUGAUCGGAUCAAGGUGAUAGCAGCAACAAAUCGAGCUGAUAUCUUGGAUCCUGCCUUAAUGAGGUCUGGUCGAUUAGAUCGUAAAAUUGAGUUUCCGCACCCUACUGAAGAAGCCAGGGCUAGAAUCUUGCAGAUCCACUCCAGGAAGAUGAACGUUCAUCCGGAUGUCAACUUUGAGGAACUUGCUCGUUCAACAGAUGACUUCAAUGGGGCACAACUGAAGGCUGUCUGUGUUGAAGCAGGCAUGCUGGCUCUACGCCGUGAUGCCACUGAGGUGAACCAUGAAGAUUUUAAUGAAGGUAUUAUCCAAGUUCAAGCUAAAAAGAAGGCAAGCUUGAAUUACUACGCAUAGUUUUACCUGGCUUCAAGGUACAAUAUCUGCACAAGAUAACCUUUUCUGCUUUGAAGUUCAAAUGUAAUGAUGUGGUCUAAACUUAAGAUAGAUCAAGAACCUUUUGACUCCUUGGCAUAAAGAACAAUUUUGAAAAACGGAGUUAAGUUUCAGAAGACAGGCUAACCUUUUAUAUCAUGCUGCUCCAUUUGCAAUUCCUUCUAGGUCUUUAUGUGUUCACGGUUUGUGUGUGAACUUUGAGGCUUU